GACAUUGACUUCUCUCUAGCUGCGAAAGUCCUAGAUGCCAUCUUCUUCCAGUAGAAAGCGGUUUUAUCCACAAUGAAAAUCUUUUUAGAGUAGCCACCUUAGUCAACCAUCUUAGCUAGAUCUGGAGAACUUGCUGCAGUUUCUCCCGUAAAACUUGCGGCUUCACCUUGCGCUUCUAUGUGUGGAAGUGACUUCUUUCCUUAAACCUUAUGAACCAACCUCUGCUGGCUUUCUGCUUUUCUUCCGCAGGUUCCCUCACCUGUCUCGGCCUUCAUAGAAUUGAGGACAGUUAGGACCUUGCUGUGGAUUCAGCUUUGGUUGCCAGUCACACCAGCCGUCGGGCAAAGUUGUUGUUUUAAUCUCUCCAGACCACUCAGACUUCCUCCAUGUCAGCAAUAAGGCUGUCUUGCUAUCCUAUCAUUUGUGCGUUCACUGGAGCAGCUCCUUUAAUUUCCUUCUGGGGCUUUUCCUUUGCAUUCCCGCUCGGCCGUUUGAUGCAAGAGGCCCGGCUUUCUGACUGAGUUUAGACAUGCCUUCCUCACGAAGCUUAAUCAUUUCUAGCCUUUGGUUUAAAGUGAGAGAUGUGGGAUUCCUCCUUUCACGUGAGAGGCCAUGAUUCUAAUGUAGGAACUGGUGAGAAGAAGGUGACUGAAGCCUGGAUUUCUGAGGAUGAAAACUCACAUAGGACGACGUCAGACAAACUCACAGUGAUGGAGCUCCCCUCCCCCGAGUCUGAGGAAGUCCACGAGCCCAGAUUAGGGGAGCUCUUGGGAAAUCCAGAAGGUCAGAGCCUGGGGAGUUCCCCCUCUCGGGACAGGGGCUGCAGGCAGGUGACAGUGACCCAUUGGAAGAUCCAGACAGGAGAGACAGCUCAAGUGUGCACCAAGUCAGGAAGAAACCGUAUUUUGAACUCAGACCUUCUUCUGCUUCAGAGAGAGCUCAUAGAGGGGGAAGCCAAUCCUUGUGAUAUCUGUGACAAAACCUUCACUUUUAAUUCAGACCUAGUUAGGCAUCGGAUUUCGCAUGCUGGGGAGAAACCUUACACGUGCGAUCAUUGUGGGAAAGGCUUUGGCCAGAGCUCACACCUUAUGGAGCAUCAGAGAAUUCACACUGGAGAGAGACUCUACGUCUGUAAUGUGUGUGGGAAAGACUUCAUUCACUAUGCAGGUCUCAUUGAGCAUCAGCGUGUUCAUUCAGGAGAAAAGCCCUUCAAAUGUGCGCAGUGUGGGAAGGCGUUUUGUCACAGUUCAGACCUGAUUAGGCACCAGAGAGUUCACACCAGAGAGAGACCUUUUGAAUGCAAAGAGUGUGGGAAAGGCUUCAGUCAGAGCUCCUUACUUAUUCGUCAUCAGAGGAUUCACACGGGAGAAAGGCCCUAUGAGUGCAAUGAAUGUGGGAAAUCCUUCAUAAGGAGCUCGAGCCUCAUUCGCCAUUAUCAGAUCCACACAGAAGUGAAACAGUAUGAAUGCAAAGAAUGUGGGAAGGCAUUCCGUCAUCGCUCAGACCUUAUUGAGCACCAGAGAAUUCACACCGGAGAGAGACCCUUUGAAUGCAAUGAGUGUGGGAAAGCCUUUAUUCGGAGUUCAAAGCUCAUUCAGCAUCAGAGGAUCCAUACUGGGGAGAGGCCUUACGUAUGCAAUGAGUGUGGGAAGCGCUUCAGCCAGACGUCAAACUUCACCCAGCAUCAGAGAAUUCACACUGGAGAGAAACUCUAUGAAUGUAAUGAGUGUGGGAAAGCUUUCUUUCUGAGUUCAUACCUUAUUCGACACCAGAAAAUCCACACUGGAGAGAGAGUGUACGAAUGUAAGGAAUGUGGGAAAGCGUUUCUCCAGAAAGCCCAUCUCACUGAGCACCAGAAGAUCCACUCUGGGGACAGGCCCUUCGAAUGUAAAGACUGUGGGAAAGCCUUCAUCCAGAGCUCCAAGCUGCUUCUGCACCAGAUUAUUCACACUGGAGAAAAGCCCUAUGUGUGCAGUUAUUGUGGGAAAGGCUUUAUUCAGAGGUCAAACUUCCUUCAACACCAGAAAAUUCAUACUGAAGAGAAGCUCUAUGAACGUAGUCAGUAUGGGAGAGAUUUUAACUCAACUACAAACUUUAAAAAUAAUCAAAGUGUUCACCAAGAGGGACUCUCCCUGAGUAAGGCCCCCAUACAUUUGGGUGAGAGGUCUGUAGAUAAGGGGGAACACACAGAUAACUUAUAAAAUAAUUAUUCUCCCGCUCAAUGAGUGAUGUUUGGAAAUGCGUGGAAUUAGGAUUCAUGUGGUUUCUAAGAUUUGGACAUGUCAGAAUUUUGUGAGUCAUGGAUGGGGCUGCUUUUGGAGUGGGUGCCACCUGCCACUGUGCAGCACUACUAGGCUCAGCCCUUCUCAGCUGUGAGCACUGUCCUCAGGAGAGUCACAGGGCUUGACACCUGACUCUGAGCUGGAACAGUAGGGGCAGGGAGAAGACAGGUCUGAAGAAAAGGUUUUUAAAAAAUUUUAUCCCCAGUUAAACAGUCCAUCCCUGAGUUAAAUCCCUUUUAGAGCAGAACUGUGUAUCUAAUCUUAUUACUUAGGAGAAUGUUAACUAGGAAAUUUUGAUCUGUUAAGUUGAAGAAAGGUAACUCUAUACAAACCCCGAGCCAUUUCCCUGUUGUCCUGAGGAGGAACUUCAGGCCUCCCAUCGUGUGCCCUAAGGCCUCCUGAGUCCUGGAGCGUUGCCUCCCACUGCCUGACUUCCUGCCACAACAGUUAAUGCUGCAGCAACACCGACUGCUUCAUCUUCCCUGUGCUCCAUGCGGCUUCCUACCUCUCUCGCCUUUGUUCUUGUUGAAGGGUCUCUUCUCAGCUAAUUAACUCUGAAUCAUGGUUCAAGACAUGCUUCAGGCAUCAUGUCAAGGAUGUUUUCCCUCAGGCUUAGUUGGCAGUGCUCUGCACACUUCUGUGGCUCAGUGAUUACUGCUAUUACUGUUAUUUACUUGCAUAUGUCAGAAUGACUUGAUAGACUAUCUCUGUCAUUAUGCUCUUGAGUUCCUGAGGACAGUGAUCAUAUCUGAUUGAUUUCCAUGUGUCCACUGUCUAGCACAGGGCAAUAAAAAGUACACCCCUAAAUCUACGCGUAA